AACUGUCAGGCUGCUGCCAGGGUAGCCGCGGUACCGCUGUUGUUUCGGCGGGGACGCGGCGAGGAGACGCGGAGGGAGGCGUCCGGGCUUGUGAAGAGCCGUGACGGUGGGUAGCGGCUCCCCGGCGGCUUCUGCGCCCCCGGACCAGGCAGUGGAGUGGGGUUCAAAGUGGGGACUCGUACACCGCGGAGCCGGGGGCGACUUCCCCGGGACGUGGCCUGUGUGCUGUUCUGCGGGGCAACGAGAGUUUGAUUCAAACAAGGGUGGUGAGAACGUGAUUCAAGAGAACUUCUACCGUUUGCUUACAACUGCUGUCCCCCUCGGUUGCUAGUCCCUUAUGUUGGGGGGAGCUGGCGCGCUCCUUCUUUCCUGCAGCUAAUGCCUGUGUGAUUGAGACCUGUUUUACCCUCCACUUAAAUUGUUUAGUGUUUGUACAGAAUGUCAUCAGAUGAGGAGAAAUGCUCACCGCCAGUUAUGAAGAAUGACUCUGACCAACGCAGUUCUGCCUCUUCAGAUCUUCAGGAAGAGUAUGAAGAACUGCUUCGUUAUGCUAUUGUGACUCCAAACGUUGAAUCAAACGCUUCACAGCCAUGCCAUUCUAAGGGAGAAGUGGUGCCAGAUGUUAGGAUUCCUACUGUAGUAGAUGAUCUUCUAAAUAAUCAAGGAAAUAGCCCCGUAGUAAAAGAAACAAGAGUGGAAGCUGGGAAAGGAUGUGAUUUAAAUACUUCAAGUCAUUCAAAGACAGAAGGGUCAUCGCCGGUGUUGUCACCGAGGAAGCCUUCUCACCCAGUCAUGGACUUUUUCAGUUCUAACCUCUUAGGUGAUUCUUCCUCACCAGGAUCUGUUUCUAGUCAGGCAGAUGCCCAUGAAGUCAUGGUGAGCGAAUCUCUUAUUUCUGAUGAAAACCUUCAGAAGAUGGAAAAUGUACUUGAUCUUUGGAGUUCAGGACUUAAGACAAACAUCAUAUCUGAACUAAGUAAAUGGAGACUUAAUUUUAUUGACUGGCACCGAAUGGAAAUGAAAAAAGAGAAAGAAAAGCACGAAGCACAUUUAAAACAACUGUGCAACCAGAUCAACAGUUUGAAGGAGCUGCAAAAAGCCUAUGAACUCUCCAUUGGGAGAAAAGAUGAGGUGAUUGCUAGCUUGUCUCAUGCCCUAGGCAAGCAAAAGGAAAGGAUAGAGUUGAUGAGAACAUUCUUCCACUGGCAAAUUGGCCAUGUUAAAUCCAGACAGGAUGUCUACGAAGGUAAACUAGCUGACCAGUACUUCCAGAGAACUUUACUGAAGAAGGUCUGGAGAGGCUGGCGAUCCAUAGUACAGAAGCAGUGGAAGGAUGUGGUGGAACGGGCUUGUCAGGCAAGAGCAGAAGAAAUCUGCGUCCAGAUUUCCAAUGAUUAUGAAACUAAAGUUGCUGUGUUAUCUGGAGCUUUGGAAAAUGCAAAAGCUGAGAUCCAAAGAAUGCAGCAUGAAAAAGAGCAUUUUGAAGAUUCCAUGAAGAAAGCUUUCAUGAGGGGGGUGUGUGCAUUAAAUCUCGAAGCCAUGACUAUAUUUCAAAAUAGAGGUGAAACAGUAGGGAUAGACUUCACAAAUAAAAAAGAAGAGUAUGGCCCUGGCGUUCAAGGAAAAGAACAUUGUGCUCAUUUGGAUCCUUUGGCCCCUCCGAUGACCUCGGAGGUUGCACGGCCACCAUCCCCACCAACAGCAGGCUUGGGAGCGGCCGGCGCUACCGCGUUUCCCUCCGCGGCUUCCAUCGCGUCCGCCCGGGCUGCUUCUGCUUCCUCGGCUCACCUUCCUGUUUCCUCAGCUCUGGGUGCUGGGUCUUCAGCUACUGCUGCGCCAGAAGAAAUGUACGUGCCCAGAAUUGUGACAUCUGCACAGCAGAAAGCGGGAAGAACAAUUACAGCCCGCAUCACAGGGAGAUGUGAUUUUGCCUCAAAAAACAGAGUUAGUAGCAGCUUAGCUAUAAUGGGAGUUUCUCCUCCCAUGAGCUCAGUUGUUGUGGAAAAACACCAUCCAGUCACAGUGCAAACCAUUCCUCAAGCUGCUGCUGCAAAAUACCCCCGGACGAUUCAUCCGGAAAGUAGCACCUCAGCUUCUAGAUCCCUCGGAGCCAGGUCACCUCACACGCAGUCCCUCUCAACCAUUCAUUCCAUAAAAGUGGUUGACUAAAAUGGAUGUGCACAUACUGAGACCUUUUGAUUCAUCUGGUUUUACCAAGGAUUAAAAGUCUCCAGUUUUUAAAAUUUCAUAUUCUUAGCACAUCAUGGAUACAUCAUGUUCAUCGUUUCAAAAUUCCAGGAGGCUUUUUCAAGCCACACCAUCCUUUAUAACUAUAUUUAGGAUUAUUUUAAUGUUAUUUUUUUAAUUUAAGCAAUUAAGUAAAAAAUUUUUAAAUUAAAAAAUGACUGGAUUUUUUUAAUAGGUUCAGUCUGUCACUGAUUGUCAUAAAAGUAUAUAAAUCUUGUUUUUUUAAUGUUA